AUGGACAAAAAGUCCUUUGAAAUGGUGCUGGAUGAAAUUAGAAAGGCUGUUUUGACAGAGUACAAAUUAAAAGCGAUUGAAUAUGUACAUGGAUAUUUCUCUAGUGAACAGGUGAUUGAUUUACUGAGAUAUUUCUCCUGGGCUGAGCCUCAGUUGAAGGCUAUGAAAGCAUUACAGCACAAAAUGGUGGCUGUUCACCCAGGAGAAGUGGUCAAUAUACUCAACUGUUUCACCUUCAGUAAAGACAAACUAGUUGCUCUUGAACUGUUAGCUUCAAACAUUGUUGAUGCACAGAAUUCUCGUCCCAUUGAAGAUUUGUUCAGGAUAAAUAUGUCUGAGAAGAAACGGUGUAAGAGGGUACUUGAACAGGCUUUCAAAGGGGGCUGCAAAGCUCCUCAUGCAAUGAUAUCUUCUUGUGGAACAAUCCCAGGAAAUCCGUAUCCCAAAGGAAAACCUAGUCGCAUCAAUGGAAUUUUCCCAGGAACCCCUUUGAAGAAAGAUGGUGAAGACUGUACCAAUGAAGGCAAAGGAAUAGCCGCACGGAUUCUUGGACCAUCCAAGCCACCUCCUUCAACAUACAAUCCACAUAAACCUGUUCCUUACCCGAUACCUCCAUGCCGACCACACGCAACUAUUGCACCAAGUGCUUAUAACAAUGCAGGUCUGGUACCGUUAGCCAACGUCAUAGCUCCAGGAGUGCCCCCGCCACCUCCAUAUACUCCUAAUCCAGUAACAGCAGAGAAUGAGGACCUCUCCAGUCAGACAAAACCUACACAGAAUCAAGCAUUCUCCACCCCAGCCAGUCAGCUCUUUGCCCCUCAUGGCUCCAAUCCCUCCACACCCGCUGCAACUCCGGUUCCUACCGCUUCCCCGGUCAAGGCAGGAACUCAUCCAUCAGCAUCGGCCACCGCCAGCCUCCCGGGGAUAAACUUGCCGAAUACCGUCCUUCCUGUGUUCCCGGGGCAGGUCUCUACCGUUCACCUGCCUCAGCCGAUGACGCCAAAUCCCACGGUGAUCAGGACGCCUUUGCUGCCGGCCGCCACGGUGACCUCUGUCCACAGCACCACGGCCACACCCGUUCCUUCCGUGUUUUCUGGCCUCGUUCCCCUGCCGGGUCCUCCCGCCGCCCCGACCCCGGCCCCUCAGGCCACGGCUGUGCCUCGGGCCACCACGGCUUCCAGUGAAACGUUCACCAGCCUCCCCUUCCCCGCCGCUACUACUGCCGCCGCCACCAACAACCUCAACUCCGCUUCGCUCUCGUCGGUUUUCGCGGGGCUUCCCUUGACCCUGACGCCGGCGUCCCAAGGCGUGUCCAACCCGACCGCCUCCGUCAUCGCCGGGGGCUCAGCUCCCGGUGUCGCCUGUCCCCUGGGUGUGAACAGCCCCCUCCUGUCCGCCCUGAAAGGCUUCCUGACGUCCAGCGACACCAGCCUCAUCAGCUCCUCCGCCCUGCCCUCCGCGGUGACCAGUGGGCUGGCCUCGCUCUCCUCCCUGGCCAACCAGGGCGCCGACACCCCGGGCUCAGCCCCUAACAAGGGCUACGGGCCGCCGCAGGCGCCCACGCCGGGCCUGGCGCUGUUCCCCGGGCUGCCCUCGCCAGUGGCCAGCGCGGCGGCCUCCACGCCCCCCGCCAUGCCCGCGCCCGCCGCCCUCUCCUCCGCCUCCUCGGGGCCGGCUGCGGUGGGCUGCGGCUCCUCGGCCGCCCACCCGCACGGCCCCGCAACCCCCGCCGUCACCACCCUGCCCGUGGUGGUCAAGACGGAGCCCACCAGCCCCACGCCCUCGGCCUUCAAGGGCCCGGCCCCUGCCGCCGCCGCCGCGGGCGCGCUGGGCCUUUCUGGGGCCCUGGGCCGGGCGUACCCCGCGGCCUCGGUGCCCAUCAGCCUGCCGUCCUGCCUUAACCCCGCGCUGCCGGGCCUCCCGGGGCUGGGUGCGCCCCUGACGGGCUCCAGCGCCCUGCCUGCCCUGCCCCUGGCCCCGCACGGCGGCUCCACGCCCAUCACCCCGGUCUUCACCGCCCUGCCUCCGUUCACGUCCCUGACCAGCAGCUUCCCCCUGGCCGCCACCCCAGCCCUCAACCCCCCGGCCUCCGCGCCCGCUGCCCCCGCCUCCACCGCCGCGGCGCCUCCGCACCCCGGCUCCGGCUCUGCGGCGCCCGCGCUCCCUGGACUCUCGGCCCCGGCGCCCGCCUCAGCGGCCUCGGCCUUCCCCCUCAGCCUGCCGGCCGCCGUGCCCUCACUCUUCUCCGUGGCGCAGGGCCCACUGCCGGCCUCGGCGCCCUCCUACCCCGGCUUCUCUGUCUCCAGCGCCCCCGGGACCCCCGCGCUGCCCGCCUUCCCGGGGCUGCAGCCGUCUGCCACUGGUGCCGCCACUGCCCCGUCGCCAGCGCCUGUCCUCCCGGGCUUCGCCUCUGCCUUUAGUUCCAAUUUCAACUCGGCUCUGGUUGCGCAGGCUGGCUUAUCCUCUGGACUACAAGCUGCAGGCAGUUCAGUUUUUCCAGGCCUCUUGUCCCUCCCAGGCAUCCCUGGAUUUUCCCAGAAUCCCUCACAGUCAUCCCUGCAGGAAUUGCAGCAUAAUGCAGCUGCACAGUCAGCAUUGUUGCAGCAGGUCCACUCAGCGUCAGCUCUGGAAAGCUACCCAGCUCAGCCAGAUGGGUUUCCUAGUUACCCUUCGGCACCAGGAACACCGUUUUCUCUGCAACCAGGCCUGUCCCAGAGUGGGUGGCAGUGA